GACGCCCGGGACCCGGAUGGAGGUGCUGAGGUUUGAGCUCGGCGGGGGUGGUCUGGACGCGCGGGCGCGGAGACCCGGCGCCAGCUCUGGAGCUCUGGAGUUCUCCCGGGAGGGAAGCUGUCAAACGGAGGCCGAGAGAAAUUAGGCGGAGGCUGUAGAGCCGCGAGGAGCCCCGCCCCUCCGCCAUAGCGGCCCCCGGCGCCGCCUCUUCCUUUGCGGCCUCCGGCCCUCGUCUGCUUCCGGCCCUGUUGCCUGGCCCGGCCCUGUGGUUCCCUCGGGACGAAGUCCUGGGCCGUGGCUGCCUUGGGCCCAUGUGUGACAUUUUCUUCCUUGGGUGUUAGAGUUUAGAAGCCUGAGGAAGCUCAGACGUGGCGAGAGGAUGUGGCCCCUGGACCCAUCCCAGAAAGAGGUGCUGAGAUUUGCAGUCAGCUGCCGCAUCCUGACCCUAACGCUACAGGCACUCUUCAAUGUCAUCGUCCCAGAUCACCACGCUGAUGCCUUUUCUCCUCCCCGCCUGGCCCCCUCGGGCUCUGUGGAUCAGAUUGUGGAAGGUCUCCUGGGUGGUCUGUCUCGAUGGGAUGCAGAACACUUCCUGUUUAUUGCUGAGCACGGCUACCUUUAUGAGCACAACUUUGCCUUCUUCCCUGGUUUCCCCUUGGCCCUGCUGAUGGGAACUGAACUGCUGAGACCUUUGCAGGGCCUCUUGAGCCAGCGCAGUUGCCUGCUGGUCUCAGUAGCACUUCUCAACUUCCUGUUCUCUGUGCUGGCUGCACUCACACUUCAUGAUUUGGGUUGUCUGGUUUUGCACUGUCCUCGCCAGGCCUACUAUGCAGCCAUGCUCUUCUGCCUCAGCCCCGCCAAUGUUUUCUUGGCAGCUGGUUACUCGGAAGCUUUGUUUGCCUUCCUGACUUUCAGCGCCAUGGGGCAGCUGGAGAGGGGCCGGAGAUGGGCAAGUGGGCUGCUCUUUGCUCUUGCCACUGGGGUGCGCUCCAAUGGGCUAGUCAGUGUCGGCUUCCUCCUAUAUUCUCAGUGCAGAGGCUUUUUCUCUUCUCUUAUGGUGCUGAACCCCCUGAAACAGCUCGUCAGGCUGAUGGCCUCUCUCUGCCUGUCCGCACUCACUGUCAGCCUUCCCUUUGCUCUCUUUCAGUAUUAUGCUUAUACCCAGUUCUGCCUACCAGGCUCUGCCCAUUCCAUUCCUGAGCCUCUAGUACAGUUAGCUGUGGACAAAGGCUACCGGAUUACAGGAGAAAAUGAGCCCCCAUGGUGCUCCUGGGAGCUUCCCCUAAUAUACAGCUAUAUCCAGGAUGUCUACUGGAAUGUUGGCCUUCUGCGAUACUAUGAGCUCAGGCAGGUGCCCAAUUUUCUACUAGCUACACCAGUAACUGUACUGGUUGUGUGGGCAACCUGGACAUAUGUGACCACCCACCCUCGGCUCUGCCUUACACUUGGGCUGCAAAGAUGCAAGAAUAGUAAGACCCUAGAGAAGUCCCAUCCUGGCUUCCUCAGUCCAAAGGUGUUUGUGUACCUGGUCCAUGCUGCAGUGCUGCUGCUCUUUGGAGGGCUGUGCAUGCAUGUUCAGGUUCUCACACGAUUUUUGGGCUCUUCUACUCCUAUUGUGUACUGGUUUCCAGCUCACUUGCUUCAGAAUCAAGAGCCACUGUUGAGAUCUGUGGACACAGUACCUGAGGAAAACGCCCCACCAGGAAUAAAGGCCCCCAGAAACUGUAUCCUGAAACUCUUGUACAACUGGAAGGCCUGUUCUCCAGUCACAAGAUGCAUCCUAGGCUAUUUCCUGACGUACUGGCUCCUGGGACUACUACUCCAUUGCAACUUCCUGCCUUGGACUUGACCUGGAGUCUCGAGGGACAAGCUGGAAGCUGGUUUAACCCAGGGGCUGAAAGCUUCCAAACACACUGGCUGGACUGCCUGCACACCCUAGCGCAUGUCCGUUAGGAUCUACCCUGACCCCUGGGGGCCACGCAGGAAUGGAGAGUGUGAGCACAGCAGCCAGCCCCUUCUUGUCCAGGGUGGAACAAGUUUAGAGAAGGAGCAUUUUCUCUACUGAGUGGAGCCGCCUCGAAUCUCCCGGGUCAGCAGCAUCAAACAAUCUUAACCCUCCUACUGACCCAUGUGGAAGGUUUUUGUUUUUUGGGACAGGGUUUCUCUGUAGACCUGGCUGUCUAGGAACUCGCACCAGGCUGGCCUCUAACUCUACCUACAUCUGGCUGCCCAUGUGUAAAUUUAAAUAUUUGAUCAAAGCUCUAGGCAACAGCGUGGUCCCCCCAAGAUGGUGGGGACAGUUCAGCAAAGGAAAAAGGAACCACCUGCUCUAAGUGAAACGUUUUCUUUAUGAUGUGUGCAUUUAUAUUAAAAAUCCUACUCACUGGGGCUGGAGAGAUGGCUCAGCGGUUAAGAGCAUUGCCUGCUCUUCCAAAGGUCCUGAGUUCAAUUCCCAGCAACCACAUGGUGGCUCGCAACCAUCUGUAAUGAGGUCUGGUGCCCUCUUCUGGUCUGCAGGCAUACGCACAGACAGAAUACUAUAUACAUAAAAUAAAUAAAUAUUAAAAAAUUAAAAAAAAUCCUACUCACUAUGAAAAUUUAAAAACUUGUAUUUGCAAUGAAUUACCUUUUAUUUGGGGAGAGAGGUGGAUCAUGGGAGUUAAGACAGGGUCCCCCUGUGUAUGUAGUUCAGGCUAGUCUGAGAUCCACCUGUCUGCCUCCUGAGUGCUGGUACUAAAGGUGUGUGCCAAGGCUCUGCUAAGUUACUUUUUAUAAAUUAUAGGGCUUGGCUAGAACUCAGUAAUAAAGCAUGUGAGGCCCUAAUUUCAAUAAUAAAUGAUUUGGAGCAGAGCACAGGAUCCGAACCCUGGAUCCUUAUCCUCAUGUUCCGACUAUGUCAUCCUAAACUACUUCCAGAGCUUUUUACCUGCUCUGAAUCUUGAGGUUACCUUAAACAGAUCCCAAUCUGAACACCUGGAGGCUCAAAUGUGACCCUAGUGGAAAGU